CCCCCCCACCACAGCGCACAGAGUCCUCCUGCACCUUCACUGUUUCGUCGCUCGCUCUCACUCACUAUGCUCGGUUCAUAUUGUACGUAGGGUUCAGGUAAAACGAAACGCAGCGCCAUCCGCGACAGAAGAAACACCUCCCACUGAAUAUGGCCCAACGACAACCACCCCCGCCAACUACCCCCUCUUGGGCGAAGCCAGCGACGGCAACGUCUGUCUUUGCGAAUAACCCGUUUGUGCAGAGCGAUUUGAGGGCGCAGAGUGCGCAGAGUCAUGCUUCGACGGCCAGGGGUCCGAAUGUGUAUCAGACGACGGGCACAUCAUCGGUCUCCGCGCGCCCGAAGCCGGACCAGCCAACAGCAGUCUCCAACGUGAACCCGAACACUGGUUCGAACCCCCCCUCCAAACCAUCAAGGACCGUCCGCCCCAGCACCCCCCUAACGACCCCCACCCCGCCCUCCGAACCCCCCUCCCGCCCUUCCGCCCGGCCCCCUCCCCGCUCCGCCUCGCCCGCCCCACCACCAGCCGACAAACCCUUUUACGUUUCCUACCCCUUCUCCGAUUUCAAACCCCCAUCCCAGGUAGACCUCUCCCUCUCAACAGGCUGGUUCACCCACACCCCCCCAACCCUACCCCCAUCCCUCCACGGCCGCUCCGCCUACCACAGCUACCACUCCUCGCGCUCCCGAAAGGGCACCCAAACAACGAACGAAUUGAUCCUAGCCUUCCAAUGGAAACCCAACCUCGCAACCUCCCACUUCAAAAUCACAUGGAUAAACGACGAUAUAUCAACCGCAAAAGCCGAACAACGUCAUAAACCCCCACCCACCCCACCCACGCCUUUCCAACUCACCACAUUCGCAACCCAAUACGGUAACGCGGUCGCAACAUGGUGCGAGGCCCGCAUAGGCACCACAGUCGGCAACGGCGAAUGCUGGACGCUCGCCCACGACGCCCUGCGCGCGUGCAACGCCAUGCCUUCGUUAGGCUACACCCACGGCGCGUGCAUCCUCUCCGUGUCCACAACGUCCGAAUCCUCCACCCUCUCUGUAUCGGGGGAUAUGCGCCUGGUCGCCCGCGGGGAUAUUCUGCAGUUCACGGAAGCGGUGUUUAAGAGUCCGAAGGGGUAUACGGUGACGAUGGGGACGCCUGUGCAUACUGCUGUGGUCGUGAGGGUGUUACCACCGUCGAGUGGGGGUGGUGCGGGGUGUACGGUUGUAUGGGAGGUUGUAGAGCAGAAUACUGGGCUGGAGGUGGGUGUUGUGAGGUCGGUGGUGAGGAUGGAGGAGAUACGGAGCGGGGUUGUACUGGUGUACCGCGCUGUGGAUCCGAGUUGGGGGAAGGUUGAGGCAAAGUGGUGAGUUUGAGUGGGGACAAAUACUUUUUUGGGGGGCAAGGGUUUUUUUUUUGGAUGCGAGUUAUUCUUGGGGAUUGGCUGGUGAUGUAUGUACGUUUGUGGAGGGUGGAGGAAGUGCGCUGGGGUCUUUUUUUUUGUAGCUCUGUAUUUUUGGCCCUGUUGGUGCGUAGUGUCUCUGUGUAUCGUGCGAAUGGAUAGCUGUUGUGAAGCGUCUCGGUAAGCGCCUGUCCGCAGGUGAGGUCAGAAUGUAACCCCCGUGUCUUCACCCGGUGAUGUGCGAAAAUUGAUGAAAGAUUCCACCUCGCCGACCGUUGUGGGUUAUUGGCACAGGCCUGAGGAUGGAAACAAUGUCCGCGACAUAUGGAUCUUUUUGAGAGUGUUCG